GAGGCGGUGGGCGGGCGGACAGUCGGAAAGAGAAAGAGGGAGAGACAGUAGUUGAAAGCUGGCGCUGGCCGUUGUAUCGCUAAUCUCAUGAGAGAAACCCACCCGUCUCUAAUUUAAAAGUUUGGAUUCUUCUCGAAGAGUAAAGAAUCCACGUAAUGUGUACUCCGUGCUGUGUAUCGCAGCUGGCGUGUUGCUGUGGGAAUGCUGCGUGUGCGUGCUGUUGUGGCUGCUGUCCCAAGAUCAGGCAGUCAACGGGCACCCGCUUCAUGUACGCCCUCUACUUCCUGCUGGUCACCAUCAUCUGCAUCGCCAUGAUGUCGCCAAGUGUCGAGGAGAUGAUGAGGGAGAACAUCCCCUUCCUGAGUGAGCUGUGCAGGGUGAAUGCAGGCGAGCGCUGCCAGGUGCUGGUGGGCUACGCUGCCGUUUACAAGAUGUGCUUCGGCAUGGCCUGCUUCUUCCUCUUCCUCUGGCUGCUCACGCUCAGGGUCAACAGCAGCAGGGGCUGCCGUGCAGCCAUACACAACGGGUUCUGGUUUAUUAAGUUUAUAGCUCUGGUGGCUUGCUGUGUCGGAGCCUUCUUCAUCCCCCAGCAAGACACCUUCCUUGAAGUGUGGAGGUACGUGGGAGCAGGCGGUGGGUUUAUCUUCCUGCUUAUCCAGCUCAAGUUGCUGGUGGAGUUCGCUCACCGAUGGAACACAAACUGGUACUCGGGGGUGAAGUAUAACCGGCUGUGGUAUGCUGCGCUGGCCCUGGUCACCCUGGUGCUGUUCACUGUGGCUGUUGGUGCUGUAGUAUUCAUGGCCCUGUACUACACCCACUCGGAGGCCUGCCUGCUCAAUAAGAUCUUCCUGUCGACCAACGCCAGCCUCUGCUUCCUGGUCUCCCUGCUCGCCAUCUCUCCAUGCAUCCAGAAACUUAAGCCCACGUCAGGCCUUCUUCAGCCGGGAGUCAUCAGUGUCUACGUCAUGUACCUCACCUUCUCUGCCUUCUCCAGCAAGCCAAUUGAGACGGUGAAGGUAAAUGACGAGGAUAUGCAGGUGUGUGUGUUCCCCUUCAAGCUUGGCUCAGGCGGUGAUGGUGAUAACAAGAUCGUAACCAGUGUGGGAAUUGUUAUCCUGUUUGGAUGUGUUCUCUACUCCUGUUUGACAUCCACAACCAAAAGAAGCUCUGCAGCACUGGGUGUGUUUGGGAGCAGCGAGCCGGAGACUGAGAGAGCACGCUGCUGCUUCUGUUUUGGAGAUGCCAGAGACGACCAGGACAAUGAUGAGGAGAGGAGGGGCGGGGGCCAGGAUGUGAUGUAUGACGAGAGGGAAGGGACAGUCUACCGCUACUCCUACUUCCACUGCGUCUUCUUCCUGGGGUCCCUCUAUGUCAUGAUGAACCUCACCAACUGGUUCCAUUACGACAACCACAAGAUUGAGAAGAUUCUGGAAGGCAGCUGGUCGGUGUUCUGGAUCAAGAUGGUGUCCUGCUGGGUCUGUCUGCUCUUCUACAUGUGGACCCUCAUGUCCCCGCUCAUCUGCACCAAGCGCUUCCAGGCCUAGGGCAGACACACAUACACACACACGCUUACACACAGAUGAACGCACUUGCACAUACACGCACGCACGUACUCUCUCACACACACUCUCGCAUACACACACAGAUAGGCUGUUUUUUUUGUUUCUUUUUUUUUGUUUCUUUUUUUUUGUUUUAAAUUUCAUUUUGUUUACCUUUUUCCUCAUAUGAGCAUGUUUAUGAUAUUGAUGCCUUGAAGGCAGACAAAGUAUCUCGAUGAGGUGUGUUUUGUGCUCUAACAGAUUUGAGGUGCUACCUUCACCAAGCAAGGAGUUCCAGUUGUAGUUAGUUUGCUGCCAUUGUUUCCUGGAGGUGUUGACUUCCAGGCUGGAUGUCGAGACACCAGGGGAUGCUUUACAAUCGUGGGCUUGACCAGGGAAGACAGGGGUGUCACAUAAACUCUGGUCUCCCUGCCCCAGCCUUUGUUACACAUCUCAUACGUGUGCUUUUGUGUCUUAUAUUUCUUACGUGUGUCUCACCAUCCUGCUCUGGCCUGUCAGGCUGGGCCUGUUUGGGUCAGUUAGACCACAAAGAUAAAGAGCAGGUUGGGGCCUGUUCCAUUCAUGUUCAGGACUGCAGAUUUCUCAAGUGAGGCAUGUUUACCUUCACUUCCUGGACGUGUCUGCAAGAACCAGCGGAAAUGACAUUUGUCCUGGCCCUGUUCCAAACACAUUUCUCAGGCUCACAUAUCAGCUGGAUGUCUCUGUGCUUGUUUUAAUUGUGCUCUUUUAUAGACUUUUUCUAUGCAAUCAAACAAGCCCCUGUUUAACGGGACACUCCUUUGGAAGGGGUUAGUUGAGUUCAGAUUAGCAGUAGCCAGUCUAGAUGUUGGGGCUCCUUUCUGAGCUGGUUGUGUGAUUCGCCAGAUUGUGGCUUUGCACACCUCACCUCUGGCAUAAUUGCACUGCCAUGUCUGUUUAGGUGACAUCACCAGGAACUGAGCAUUGACCAAUACAAUUUAUAAGCUCAGCUGCAAUCAGACAAGAAGAAGAAGCGUCACAUGCCAAAGGUAGAUUGCAGAGAACGCCAGUGGAAGUUAGUAUCCAUAUCUGUCUGCUACUCACUCUCUCCCUUCUAUCUCACACACACUCGCACACGUGUACAUUCAUGCACACACACACCUGCAGGUUUGUGAGUGGUAUUGCAUCAGUAAUACAGAUAUGCAGUUUUCCUUUUGGCAUUUGUAUCAGUCAGUCUGGUCACUGUUCAGUCUCGUAAGCCAGUAUUACAGUUACCAAGUGCUCCGUAGCUCAUUUAGAAGGCUUAGAGAGUUUUACUUUGACUGGCCAAACAACACAUUUAUUUACAGAACCCUUGUUUCAACUGUUUUCUUUGAAGCUGUUUUGUUAUUCUGCAUUCAGUUUGUAAUUUAUCAUAAUAUGUAAGUGCUCUGUGUCUGUUUCUUACCAAUUAAGCAUUGAUUAAUAAACCAAUAAUUAUU